GGCCCAGCCCCGCCUGGCGGCCGGCCUUCGGCUCCGGCUUCCCUCACCUCGGGCCGCCCCACCGCCGCCAGCGCCAGCAGCUACAGCAGCGGAGGCAGCGGCGCGCCCCGCCGCAGGGGAGGAUGAAGGUGACCGUGGACUUCGAGGAGUGCCUGAAGGACUCGCCGCGCUUCAGGGCAGCUUUAGAAGAGGUAGAAGGAGAUGUGACAGAACUGGAACUGAAACUUGACAAGCUGGUGAAGCUUUGUAUUGCAAUGAUUGAUACUGGGAAAGCAUUCUGCACAGCCAACAAGCAGUUCAUGAAUGGAAUUAGAGACCUUGCACAGUAUUCCUGUAAAGAUGCAUUGGUUGAGACCAGUUUGACCAAGUUCUCUGACACAUUACAGGAAAUGAUCAAUUAUCACAAUAUACUGUUUGACCAAACCCAAAGAUCAAUCAAAGCACAGCUUCAAACUUUUGUUAAAGAAGACAUUAGGAAAUUUAAAGAUGCAAAGAAACAGUUUGAGAAAGUUAGCGAAGAAAAAGAGAAUGCUCUAGUAAAAAAUGCCCAAGUUCAAAGAAAUAAGCAACAUGAAGUGGAGGAAGCAACCAAUAUUCUGACUGCUACACGAAAAUGUUUUCGACACAUAGCUCUGGAUUAUGUUCUUCAGAUCAACGUUCUUCAGUCUAAAAGGAGAGCAGAAAUCUUAAAAUCGAUGUUAUCAUUUAUGUAUGCACAUCUGGCUUUUUUCCAUCAAGGCUAUGAUCUUUUUAGUGAACUUGAACCCUACAUGAAAGAUCUUGGUGCACAGCUGGAUCAGUUGGCUGUAGAUGCUGCAAAGGAGAAGAGAGAUAUGGAGCAAAGGCACUCCACUAUUCAACAAAAGGAUUAUUCCAGUGAUGAUGCCAAACUAGAAUACAAUGUAGAUGCAGCCAAUGGUAUUGUUAUGGAAGGUUAUCUGUUUAAGCGAGCCAGCAAUGCUUUCAAGACUUGGAACAGGAAAAAGCCAGAUCACAUCAGGCGCUGGUUCUCAAUACAAAAUAACCAACUUGUGUACCAGAAGAAAUUUAAGGAUAAUCCCACAGUAGUUGUUGAAGACUUGAGGCUUUGCACAGUAAAACAUUGUGAAGACAUAGAAAGACGUUUCUGUUUUGAGGUGGUUUCUCCAACGAAAAGCUGCAUGCUGCAGGCUGACUCGGAAAAGCUGCGACAGGCAUGGAUUAAGGCUGUUCAAACCAGUAUUGCUACAGCAUAUAGAGAGAAAGGGGAUGAAUCUGAGAAACAGGAAAAGAAAUCAUCCCCUUCUACUGGAAGCCUAGAAUCUGGCAGCGAGACAAAAGAGAAGUUGUUAAAGGGAGAAAGUGCUCUACAGCGAGUUCAGUGUAUUGCUGGUAAUGCUGCCUGCUGUGACUGUGGUUUGGCAGAUCCUCGCUGGGCCAGUAUCAACCUUGGAAUCACACUGUGCAUUGAGUGCUCUGGGAUACACAGGAGCUUGGGAGUCCACUUUUCAAAAGUAAGAUCUUUAACUCUGGAUUCAUGGGAACCUGAACUUCUAAAGCUCAUGUGUGAAUUGGGAAAUGAUGUUAUAAAUAGAAUAUAUGAAGCAAAGUUGGAAAAAGUGGGACUAAAGAAGCCACAGCCUGGAUGCCAAAGGCAGGAGAAAGAGGCAUACAUCAGAGCAAAAUAUGUGGAAAGAAAGUUUGUAGAGAAGCAGCCUGCAUCAGCAUCUCUGCCUGAAUCUAGAACAAAAGUUUUGCCUGAAAGUCAGGAAGCAAAGAGACACAGUGGCCCGGAAAAAUCCCUUUUUGCAGGGGAACAAGGUGCAACAUCCCAAAAAGUACGAAGCAGUGACAGUGGGAUCCAGCAGAGUGCUGAUGACAGCAGAGAACACCUUGCCUCUACUGUAUCAGCUAACAGUCUGUAUGAACCAGAAGGAGACAAGCAAGAGUCUCCUGUGUUCUGUGACUCCAAACAGCCUAACCCAGGACUGCAGUUGUAUCAAGCUGCCUUUGAGAAAAAUCUUCCUGAUAUGGCAGAAGCAUUGGCCCAUGGAGCUGAAGUAAACUGGGUCAACAUAGAAGAAAACAAAGCAACACCACUCAUUCAGGCAGUGCGAGGGGGUUCAUUGGUUACUUGUGAAUUCCUGCUGCAGAAUGGGGCCAAUGUCAACAUCAGGGACAUAAAAGGAAGAGGACCCCUCCACCAUGCCACAGUUUUAGGACACACUGGACAAGUGUGUUUAUUCCUAAAACGAGGAGCAAACCAGCAUGCCACAGAUGAAGAUGGGAAAGACCCAUUGAGUAUAGCAGUAGAAGCUGCUAAUGCAGAUAUUGUAACAUUGUUACGUUUAGCAAGGAUGAAUGAAGAAAUGCGUGAAUCAGAAGGACUCUAUGGACAGCCAGGAGAUGAAAUUUAUCAGGACAUUUUUCGUGACUUUUCUCAAAUGGCAUCAAAUAAUCCAGAGAAGCUAAACCGUUUCCACCAGUCAGAUUCCCAGAAGUCUUAAGUCACAAGGAAGAAAAGAGCCUGAUCCUUAUAGUACAAGUCUUUUUUACUUCAAAAGAAUGAAUUAUAUGCAUUUUGGAUGAAAUGACUACUCUAAUGUAGCUUUAGAUUGUGGUAGCUGGGGAGAUGUAGAAGUUGUUCUAUGUUCUACAGUACAUAUACCUCAGCAGCUGAAGAAAAUGUUUAAAAAAGGAAUCCCUGGUAGCUCAGUAUAAAACGAGUGCCUGUUAGCAGUACGAAGCAUGUCUGCGGUUCAGCUGCAGGGCACAGCUGGAUGGAUGGCAGGAUGAUCAGACCCUGAGUUAGUAUCAGCUGCCAUCACCUGUCUCCCUGUUGCCAUACAGAAUGUGCCUCUGACAACAAGGUCUGGGUUGCAUUUUCUGGUACUGUUUGGAAGGGAAAUUGGGUAAUGACUUACUGAGUUGUCCUUCUAUUUGUGGGCCUGCAGCUUAAAAGAUUCUCUUGUUCUUAUGCUGACUGUGAUUAGAAGUAAGAUGUUAACAAGACGUGGUAACUUCUGCUCUUUUACAAGCUCUCUUUCAGUGCAAACUUUUAACACCAGGCUUGCCUUUACGCUAGUGACUGCAGGUCAGUCACAGUAGAUGUAUGUCCUGGAGGACCAAACUUCUGAAGAGCAAUUUGGUUUUCUUACUUUCUGUGCAGCAAGUAGACUUCUUAAUGAGCAUGUGGAACCUUUUAUGAAAAAUAAAUGUCAUCUUGCUGGACGUGAUGUGGGAUUUGCUUGCGAGUCUUUGGACAUCAAAACUUGAAAUUUGAGACAUGAAAAUAAACACUGAGAUAAUAGUCUGUGUAGAGCAAUCCUAUGAAGGCUGUUAGUUACCAUCUCUUUUUAGUGUUCUCACUACUGUAAUAAGCAGAUAUAUUAUAUAGUAUGUAAUGCAGUCACCCUAAAUU